CCGGCGCCGAUCGGAGCUCUGUGGUGGCGGUGCUGACAUGGGAAAGGAGAAUGCGGUGGCGACGAUGAGAAGGCGAUCUAGGAGGGCCUCGAAGUAGAGACCCCAAGUCGGAGAAUAUCAUGGUCGGGUGCUGCUGCUGAGAGUUUGGCCGUGGUUCUCCGAUUUGCGAUCCCGGGAAGUUCUGAAAGCUUCUCCUCCGCCUGCCGCCUGCCUUCGGUUUCUGGAGUCUUCGUCGCCAUCGUGAAGUAUCUGCUGUGAGUUUUGGGGCUGGUUUAACAGAUGUCGUUCAAAGGCAUUGUUCGCGAGCUGCGGGAGAUGAAAGAUGGAAUUGGGAGCAUGUCAAGGCGAGUUGGUGAGCGGAAGCUUUGGCGUAGAAGGACGUUGUCACAUAUUGCUCCUGAUAUGGCUCCAACCCCUCCAACUGAUGUGAUUCAGCAGGGUCAGUGGGCGAACUUGCCUCCGGAAUUGCUUUUGGACAUAAUUCAGAGGGUAGAAGAAAGUGAAACCUCGUGGCCUGCUCGAGCUGUUGUUGUUUUUUGUGGUUCAGUUUGUAAGUCGUGGAGGGACAUUACAAGGGAGAUAGUCAAAACUCCUGAGCAAUGUGGAAGGCUCACAUUUCCAAUCUCAUUGAAGCAGCCGGGGCCUCGCCAGUCUCCAAUACAGUGCUUCAUUAGAAGGAAUAGAGAAACUUCCACAUUUUAUCUGUACUGUGGUCUGGCACCAUCCGAGGGCGAGAAAGAUAAAUUACUGCUAGCAGCCAAAAGGAUCAGAAGGGCAACAAGCACAGAGUUCGUUAUAUCUUUGGUUUCAGAUGAUUUUUCUCGAGCCAGCAGUACAUAUGUUGGUAAAUUGAGGUCCAACUUUCUGGGUACCAAGUUCACCGUAUAUGACAGCCAGCCUCCAUGUGAUGCGGUACCCAAACCAAAUAAUCGAUCAUCUCGAAGGUUCCAUUCUAAGCAGGUAUCUCCAAGAGUACCAGCGUGUAACUACAGAGUUGGCAACAUCUCUUACGAGCUCAAUAUUUUUUGCACGAGAGGUCCAAGGAGAAUGCAUUGUGCUAUGCACUCCAUUCCUGUCUCGUCCAUUCAGGAGGGGGGCACCGCCCCAACACCAACAUCGUUGCCACAAGCCUAUGACGAACAAUUUGCUGUCUCACCAAGUUCAAAAGAAAAGGAUCUGAUCACAGAGUUCAGCUCUACAACCCUCUCGGAGCCAAACGUGUCUGCCCUGGGUGCAGAGCCACUGGUUUUGAAAAACAAGUCUCCUAGGUGGCAUGAGCAGCUACAAUGCUGGUGCCUUAACUUUAGAGGGCGCGUUACAGUGGCUUCUGUGAAAAACUUCCAGCUUGUGGCAGCUGUUGAUCCGUCCCACAACGUUUCGGCUGAAGAGCAAGAGAGGGUAAUCCUACAGUUUGGAAAGAUCGGAAAAGAUAUCUUCACCUUGGAUUAUCGCUACCCGCUGUCCUGUUUCCAAGCGUUUGCGAUCUGCUUAAGCAGCUUCGACACCAAGCCAGCAUGUGAAUGAAAAACUUGGUUGUAGAACAUGAUCGUCAUUUGCUGAAUUCUGUUCUGUAAUUUCGAACCAUAUCCAUGUUCUAUGUAAAAGUUCUUCGUGCUUGAUCGUUUAAUUCUGAAAAUCGCAGCUAUUUCAAUCA